CUUUCGCUCGCUCGCCUCCUCCAUUCGUCACUCACUAUCUCCAUCACACGCGCACACUAUGCCAUCUAAUUUCAGAAACAAUUCUCUCAGCUCUGCAUAGCCACCCUCUCUCACCAAUGCAACUUCAGGGCCCGAAUCGAACGUGGUUACGACGGGAAUAGCAAACAGCCGCGCCUAGAAUGCACACCAAUUCUGAGUUACCUACAACUGCGCUACUCUCGCUCUUUCUUCCGACUUUGGUCCACCAGUGCGAGUAAGCCCCGGUCCGAUUACAACGAUGGCGCCGGAGAGGCGAGAAAGAUGCCUGACUACGACUGCGACGAUGCGAGGAAGAGUAUCAGUGCAUAUCACACACACUGAUGACUACAUUAUCGGUGUGCAUUUCAAUCUCACUAACGGUCGAUAGUCUGCCACCUGCGUUACCUUCCCUCAGCUGUUGCCUUGCCAAAGCAAUGAAUUGGCAAGGAACGUUCCAUCCGGUCAAUAAAUCCAAAGCUGGGUCGGUAUUGGCACCCACCCAUCAGUUCGGGCUUUAUCUGUCAUAAGUGACAGCAAUUUUCAUCGGUGGUUGUGUGGCGCUCCCCGCGUGGACACAUCUCGAGUCGCAUCAGAACCUCUGCUUCGGGCCAUCCCAUGCCGCUGGGGAAAAAAUAGUCGAAAAAAAAAUGGUCCUCUUAUCGGUAGUACAAAAGAUGGGGAGACCAAUCAACAGCCGCCGUCGCAAUAGGCGUUCCUCUAUAGUCGCUCGGCUCGGCAUCUCGGCUGAGCUUGGCGUUGGAUGAGGUUUGCUGGUGUUGGUGGUUGUUGAACUAUCGUACAGUAUCAACAGGGUUGUCUCGCUUGCGACGGCAAUGUGGUUGCAAAGAAGAGAGAGCCCACAUCGUAUUCGAUGCACAACAGUCAGCUCUGCACUCCUCACUCGCCUUGAACCCGUUCGGCUGCAAAUGCCCGCCAUGCAGUCGUUGUUGGACUUCGCGAUAAUACGAGAAGAGCAACCAGGCCCUCCCAAGAACCAAUCAGGAUCACUCGAGAUCCUGGACAGAAGACGUUGUGUGUGUGUGUCUUGAUGGAAAGCUGAUGCAGGGUCAGCCAAUUCCCAACUAGCGGUGCGAAUCCCCGGGUCCAGAUUCCCAUCCACCCUUGCCUUCUCCCCUUGCGCCCAUAUUGUAUGUUGUCUCAAGCCUCGUCUGGCUGUACCAUCUUCGCCUUGUGAUUCCUAUGCCUCUUCUGGGUAGGGAGUGCAUGAGAGGAAUAGGUCGCAAUGCGCAAUCAUGGACGCACCAAUGAAAAUAGCUUCUCCUCGAGAGAAAAAGGAGUCUGUCUAUCUAUCGGUUUACUGCCGUCCAGCUCGGAAUAAGAUCGAAUCCAUUCCCUGGUAGUAUUGCAUUGUGUCGGGCCGUGUUGUCAUCGAGCUUUGCGAUACGAGGCGUAUAAGCAUCUCGAUACCACCUUUUCUUCUUUCUUACCUCGACCUUCUCUUGCAGACGCCUCAAAGCCAAAGCAGCCAUCACUCGUUAUUUCCACAAUCAAACUGCAGCUGUUCAGCUGCGAGCCGGUUUCCCUUCUCACAAUCCGGACGUCCAUCAGUACAUACAUUCUCGACUGUUGUUAUCGUACAUACGGUACUGCUGCCAGAUCUGAUGUCCUGAACUGCUUCCCGAUCUCGCGCAAGCCUCACAGACGCCCUACGACGCCCAUUAUGAGAUACGCACAUCCCACCCUGGCUGGCCUGCUCUCGCUGGCGGCCAGGACUGGAGCCGACCCAACAUGGCCCGCCGCCACCGACGAGAUGGAGGAGAUUGUCUAUCAACUCCAGGGGUUUAAGGGCAGGGUCUUUAAUGAUGUCAUUACGCCUUGUAACAACGAGGCUGCCGGGCCUGGGAGGGUAACGGCCUCGGAGUGGCUGCGGGUGGGAUUCCACGACAUGGCCACCCACAACCGCGUCUUCGGCACCGGCGGGCUCGACGCCUCACUCCAAUUCGAGCUCACAAACGGUGAGAACACCGGGCCAGGCCACAACACCACCCUCAGGUUCUUGGCCAAUUACUACUCAUCCCAAUCGAGCAUGGCCGACCUGAUUGCCGCCGGCGUCUACGCCUCCGUCCGAUCUUGCGGAGGCCCCGUCGUUCCCCUUCGCCUCGGGAGGAAAGACGCAACGUCCAGCGGCAGCACCGGCGUACCACAGCCCCAGAACUCGGCCGAAACGUUUAGGCAACAGUUCGACCGUAUGGGGUUCAGUACCGAGGAGAUGAUCCAGGUGACGGCUUGCGGACAUACUCUCGGUGGUGUCCACUCGGAAGAGUUUCCCGAGAUUGUGCCCUCCGGUACGGGAACGAACGGUCAGAAGCAGCUUGAUACCACCGAUGCUACGUUCGAUAACAAGGUGGUCACUGAGUACAUCUCGGGGACAACGCAGAAUCCGCUAGUGGUUGGGCCAGCUGUUGCGGUGAACAGACACUCGGAUUUUAAGGUGUUUAACAUUGAUGGCAAUGCCACGAUGAACGGGUUAACGUCGGCGACGACUUUCAGGGACGUUUGCAAGACUGUUCUUCAGAAGAUGAUUGAUACUGUGCCCUCGGGGGUGACGUUGACGGACCCAAUUGCCCCGUAUGCGGUUAAGCCUGUUGAUAUGCAAUUGACCUUGAAUUCGGGAGGUAGCACUUUUCUUCUGAGUGGGUAUAUCAGAGUUCGCACAACAAACCGGGCUUCUGGCGCCAUCAAGAACAUCAAGAUGACUUGGAAAGAUAGGAACGGGGGUUGCGCUUCGGGGUCGUGCUCAUAUACCGCCACCGUACAAGGAGCUGGUACCGGGUUUGAUGAUACUUUUGAGUUUUUCCCUAUCUCAACCAACAUUCCCACUUCCUCAGGCAUUUCUUCCUUCACAGUCACCGUCAAUCUCAACGACGGCACCAGCGAGUCGUACGACAACAACGGAAACUCCUACCCUUUGUCAGAUGCCAUUAUCCUUCAAAAACCUCAGAGCUGUCUUCUUCAGAGCUCAGGUGCACUCACCGUUUCUGCGCUUGUCCGCAACGACAUCACCGCAACUCCCUCGCUGGGCAUCUCUUACCUUACUCCCCGCGGCGUCGUCCGCAACGGCAACCCUGUCCCUAUCCUCAGCAGCACCACCGUAGCCAUGACAAAAGGCGACUGUGCGGGUCCCUAUACCUUCUACUCCGCCAGCUACACCAUCGCAGGUGGUCUGAGUUACGCCGCCAAACUCAGCGUCACCGCAGGCUCCAACUCCGAUAGCUUCAACAAGGCCAGCGAUCUAUCAGGCAGCUGCGCUGCCUUUUCUGGAACUGCAUCCUGCACCACGCCUGGUGGUGGUGGUGGUGGUGGUGGUGGUGGUGGUGGUAACGAGCCAGACGCUUCUUCCACGAUUGCCAGCUCUUCCGCAGCUGGGCCAUCAUCAACCAGUAGCGUAGUUGAGGUCACCAGCUCCAGCCAUAUCACAAGCAGCACCACCAUCGCCCCCUCCAGCACCACCUCCUCCACUACUCCCACCGCCACCGGCCCCGCCAGGAAACCCACAGUCGCCGGCUACACCCGCCUCCGCUGCGCAACCGAAGGAUCCGGCGUGCGCGCCCUAACCGGCGCUUCCUUUGCCUACGACACCAUGACGCUCGAGUCGUGCGCGGCCAACUGCACCGCCGCAGGCAACUUUGCCUACUUCGGCGUCGAAUACGCUCGCGAGUGUUACUGCGGCAACUCCUUGGCAGCUAGCAGCUCCGAGGCGCCCGAUAGCGAGUGUAACAUGUUGUGCGCUGGUGAUGCGACCGAGUAUUGCGGAGCGGGGAAUCGGCUGGAGUUGUACGCGAAGCACGAUGCUGGGACGGGAACAACAGCAACAAGUACUACUGCUAGCGCAGCACAGCCAACGGCUACCCUGGGAAGAAAGGACACGGUGGGCGAUUACGUCUUUGUCGGAUGCCAGACUGAAGCUACUGAAGGCGGUAGGGCGCUGGAGGGCAAGGCCUGGGCUGAUGACGGGAUGACGCUGGAGGGAUGUGCGGAGGCUUGUAGUGGGUGGGAGUAUUUUGGGGUGGAGUAUGGGAGGGAGUGCUAUUGCGGCAACACCCUCCGCGGCGGCUCCGCUCCCGCUCCGCUGGCUGAUUGCAGCUUCACUUGUGCCGGUACUCCUUACGAGUACUGCGGCGCCGGAAACCGACUUGAGCUUUAUCGGUUGGCAAGUGCUAGUUCGUCUUCGUCAUCAAAGACAAGGAGGUCUCGUUUGGAGAGAGGACGGAGGCUUUAAUCUUAAUAAUGUUUUCAGUUAGGAUCAGGUUCAUGGAUGGAGGAUACAGAUAGGAUACACAUUGCGACUGACUGGGCUCUUGGAGUAUACAUACAUGCAUAAACAGGUUGAU